AAUAAUCUAUAAAAGGCGAAGAAUUAUUACGAAGUUGAAAUCACGCAUUUCGCACGGAAUAACACGUACGAACGUCAUGCUUGCCGGUACUGAACUAAUGUUUCGUCCCGCCAAAACCUCGCCUAGCUGACUGCUGAUUGCUCGAGGAGGCACAAUUUCUUCUCAAUUAAAAUCGGCGCGAGAAAUUAAAAUAUCGCACACUGUGAACAUUUCCUUAAUUGUGACAGUGACUAUAAAUAUAACUGGAGUCAAAUAUUUUUUGUGCAAAAGUUCUUGCACAUUAUUGUAAGUUUGCUUGAUAUAACGUAAAAUAAAUUAGAAUUUGAACUACUUUAAGUUUUAGACUUACACCAUUUUCAUAAUCAUCGACGUAAUUAAAUUAAAAUAUUAUCAAUCCAGAUAGGUAUAAGGAAUUUUGAAUGUUUUGCUUUUAACUUUAUAACAACAUUAGGCGGUAUGAAGAAAAAGGAGGAAAGGAAGGCAAGAGGAGAAAAGAAAAGUAAAUUUUACGCACCUUAUCUACAAUCGUAACACAGAAUGUAUACGGUCUAACAUUUAUGAUCGAAGUUGAUUGAUAGAAAUCACAUCAAGACAGCGUAGCGCCUCGGUUUCUACAAACGAGAGACUCGAGUGUAUAGCGGGUUGCAUGCCUAGGCAAUAUGCACGUGUAUAUAAGAGAACGUUUGCUAUUCGUUUUGGCUGUUUCAUUCGAUCUCUACCACGGUGCUCUCUGACGUUCUGGCAAACAAAUCAUUUUCGUCGAUGCAGUUGGUAAUUAAGAAGAAGCUAAGAGAUGGAAAUUCGAAAGAAGUUAAUGCAAUCUACGUUUCUUUUUUGCGUUUUCUGCGCAAUGUCACUUGCUCGAUCUUCCAGCUAUGGCAAAAACACGACAGAUUUUGCAGAGCAUAUCCAUCACCAAAGAGCCUCUUCAACUGGAAUGGUACCGACGUCUUCGAAGUGUGCCGGAUUGAACAACGAAUCGGGUCACUGCGAGCACUUGAAACGGUGCUUAUCUCAUGAGUAUGGCUCAAACUUUACGCUGGCUAUAAAUCACUCGUGCGUAAUCGACCAAACAUACACAGGCAUUUGUUGCUCGAGACACGGGAACGAAACGCGUACAAAUUCUAUGGUAGACGAGGAUUUUGUCGACACUCUUCCGCAGAUUGCUGCGAGUGACGAUAAGAAACAAAACGAGGUGAGAAUCGUUUGGUCGGGCGAGCAUAGAACGACAACGUCUCGGCCUAAAAAUCCGGCAUUGAGAGGAUGCGGAACUACAUUGAAAAGUCAAAGCAAGUUGGUGGGCGGUAGACCGGCCUAUCCCACGAAAUGGCCCUGGAUGGUGGCUCUUCUUACAACGGAUAACGCUUACUAUUGUGGCGGUGUGCUCGUCACCGAUAGACACGUUUUAACUGCUGCCCACUGCGUUUACAGAUUUGGACCGCAGGACAUCAAAGUCAGGCUCGGAGAAUACGAUUUCGCGACGAGCGAAGAAACGAGAGCCGUGGAUUUCACGAUUUCCGAAAUACGUAUACAUCGAGACUUUGUUCUUGACACUUUCGCAAAUGACAUAGCAAUAGUGAAACUGUAUCUGCCGACCGUCUUCGACAGUUACAUUUGGCCCGUGUGUCUGCCACCAAUCGGUCAAACGUUCGAGUACAAGGACGCAGUUAUAACAGGUUGGGGCGCACGCUACUACGGAGGCUCCCAUAGUCCGGUUUUGAUGGAAGUCGAGGUCCCAGUAUGGCCGCAGAGUAAAUGUACGAGCAGCAUCGCUCGACGAAUUGCUAAUACGACGAUUUGCGCCGGCGCUUACAACGGCGGAGGCGACGCUUGUCAGGGUGACUCCGGUGGACCACUCCUUCAUCAGCUUGCAAAUGGCAGAUGGGUAAAUAUCGGAAUAGUAUCUUGGGGUAUUCGAUGCGGAGAACCUGGACGUCCUGGAAUAUACACACGCGUCAAUUCCUAUCUUGAUUGGAUAUUCGAGAAUGCUGUAUUCUAAGCCUAGGAUCGCAUUUAAUUUGUUAAGCGAGUGUCCCCUUAUAAUUACGAAAUUACUAAAAUUAUUAAAAGUUAAGACAAGUCCAGACGAAAGACAAAGCAACUUCGGUUUGGUCGGUUUUAAUUUUUGCAAAUGUAAAAAUGGCUCGUUUCCGAUAGAAGCCUAAUCUAAUCUAAGAAUCUGGAAUCUGGAAUCUAAGAUCUAAGUGAUAUGUAAAAAAAAAAAAAAAAAAAGGAGAUUCUAAGAUAAAGAUAUC